AUGGUUUUAAUUUAUCUGCUCCUCUUGUCUUUCGUGAGUUAUGCCAAAUGUGACAUCCCCGUUCACUGUUUGAGUAGACAUGUGGAGGGGAAGUGGGAGAUUACCUUGGGCCUCCUCAAGGGGGAAAGCGACGGCCCUUCGAUUUCGGGACAGGACUACGAAUACGACUACGAGUGUGGCUACCGCCGUCCGGACGAUUCCGUUUACCAUGAGGAACUGGACCCUGAUCACCUGAAGGGACGUUUCGAGGAGAAAAAAAAACAAAUUAUCCUAUUUAACACAGACAGGAGCAUAAACAUAAUCGAAAAUGGGGAUAUAAAUCCUGAGUACAGUGGGUUCUGGAGGAUCGUGUACGAUGAGGGGUUAUACAUGGAGCUGUAUAAGCAGAAUGACGAGAAGGAGAUUUAUUUUUCCUUUUUCAAGUUUCAAAGAAGGAAGGACACGUCUUAUAGUUACUGCAACAGGUUGAUCAUGGGGGUAGUGAAUGUAUAUCAGCUUAAUGGCAGUGAAGGAGGUUCUUCUUCGGGGGUUCCCAGGAUAGACCAUUUGUCAGAUCAGAAUGUAGAAGGAGAGAAGGGGCCCCCAAUGGAGGAUGUUUUUCUCGUCAAAAUGGAGCAUAAAGGAAAGAAUGCGUUAAACCUCAAAAGGAUUAAUCUUUCCAAAGGGGGCUUCCAUUUUAUGGGAUCAAAAGAAAGUGCACCGAAAAACGCAAACCAUUCUAUAGACUAUUACAAUGAUAAUUAUACGCAGUUUGAUUUCUUCACCAUGAAGAGGUUUUGCUGGUAUGGGAAGAAGGUGGGUACGCCUGAUGAGCCUACGAACAAGAUCCCCGUGGAGAUCAUUUCUCCUCUUGUGUUGGACCCAGACACCCACAACAAGAAUUACGCCAAUUUGAAGUUGAAGUGGGGAGGUGUCAAUGGGGAGAAGACGAAGCAAGCGCAUCACGAAGAGAUAAAUACCGACCAAACGAUCACCCAAUGGAGGGCCCUCCAAAAGCACACAAACAAAUCACACAAAGGGGUAAAGCAGAACAGCAUAUUCAAUACCUAUCGUGAGAAGGAAGUCACCUUGGCACAUUUUGACUGGACAAAUGAAGCUGAUGUGAGGAGGAGACUUAAUGGGAACUGGGUUAAAGUUAUCGACGAAGCGAUAGACCAGAAGGAAUGUGGGUCUUGUUACGCAAACUCAGCUGCGUUAAUUAUUAACAGUAGAGUGAGAAUUAAAUACAACUAUAUAAAAAACAUCGACCUUCUAUCCUUUAGCAACAAGCAGCUAGUCCUUUGCGACUUUUUCAACCAAGGAUGUAAUGGCGGCUACAUUUAUUUGUCCCUAAAAUAUGCGUAUGAGAAUUUUCUUUUUACAAAUAAAUGUUUUGUGAGGUACUCCUCUUUAUAUUUGAAUAAGGACAAGAAGAAUAGCUCGCUGUGUGAUCGGUUUGAUACGUUUAAGAGUUUUUUGAAGGAGGGUAACGGGGGGAACUGCCCAACUGCGCAGGUAGGGCCACCGCACAGACAAACCAAGCUAGUACGGCAGCACGAGUCUUUCAGGGGGAGUGAGGAAAUGGAUAAAUCCUCUACCCAAGGUGAACAUCACAAAGGGGGAAUUUUUCACAACGGGGAAAAUAAACAUACUGAGCGUCAAAUGCACUAUGUGCGUGAUGUGCACGGUGGGGAAAACCUCCCCAGGGACGACGAGCUAAAAGAGGGCUACCUCCCAGUCGAUGCCACCGUGAGGGAUGCCAGCGAAGUGGACGUACUAAAUCUACACGAGUGUGACGCGAAAGUCAAAGUGACAAAGUUUGAGUACCUAGAUAUAGAGGACGAAGAGGAUUUAAAAAAGUACCUAUAUCAUAAUGGCCCCGUAGCAGCAGCAAUUGAGCCUUCAAAAAAUUUUCCUUCUUACAAGGAAGGCAUUCUAACAGGGAAGUUUAUAAAAAUGUCCGAUGGGGGGGAGUCCAAUGCGUAUGUAUGGAACAAGGUCGACCAUGCUGUAGUUAUAGUUGGGUGGGGAGAAGACACAGUUGAAAAUUUGAAAAAAAAAAAAAAAAAAAUUCACCAUUAUUCAGGUCAUCUGGACGCUUAUUCUAGUGGAAAGGGGGGCUACACCUCAGGUAAAGUCGUUAAGUACUGGAAAAUUCUGAACAGCUGGGGGACCAGCUGGGGGUACGACGGCUACUUUUACAUUUUGCGCGAUGAGAAUUACUUCAGCAUAAAGUCCUACCUGCUCGCGUGCGACGUGAGUUUGUUCAUCAAGGGGGGGGAUUAG